AUGGCUGAGAUUCAGAAUACAUCAACAUCAUCAUCAGACUCAUCAACUUCCUCAACAACAUCUUCAACAUCAACACCAUCAACAUUGGUCGACACUACAUCAAGCAUUACAACCGAGACAGAGAGCACUGAGUCAUCACCAUCAUCGACGACAACAUCAACAUCAUCAACAUCAUCAGCACCAUCAGCAUCAGAAACCAUAUCAACGACAACGACAACAUCACCAUCUUCGAACCCAUCAACUUUUAAUCUUAGACUGGGAGAGGGCGCAUUCUCCCCCAACUUCAAGAUGCCAGACCAGAGACCAAAGUUCACAUUGAACGAGGAGAUACUGGGUGAGGACACGAUGACUCCCAAGCAGAUCGUGGCAGAGUUGGAUAAAUACAUCAUUGGACAGGGCGAGGCCAAGCGCGCCGUGUCGAUCGCGCUGAGGAAUCGCUGGAGAAGAAAGAGACUGGACAGCUCUAUCAUGCAGGACGUCUAUCCCAAGAACAUCCUGAUGAUUGGUCCCACGGGUGUCGGCAAGACCGAGAUCGCCAGACGUCUGGCCAACAUUGUCAAGGCUCCAUUCAUCAAGGUCGAGGCCACCAAGUACACCGAGGUCGGCUUCCACGGCCCCGACGUCGACUCUAUCAUCCGCGACCUUGUCGAGGUCUCUAUCAACAACAUCAAGUCCAAGAUCGCCGCCUCCUACAAGGAUCAGAUUGAUCGCGAGAUUGAGCAAGAGGUCAUCUCCUCAUUGGUCGGUCCACAUUUCCAGAACAGGACUUAUGACGAUCUCAUCAAGCUAUACAGGGAGAAGGCUUUGGAGAACAUUCAGAUUGAGUUGGACUUGCCACCUGUCGCAACACAGGAGAGCAAGCAGGAGGAUGAUAUCAUUCCAUUGGCCAAAUUGUUCAACAUUCAGAUCGACACUGGCAAGACAAAGAAGAAGUCGCUAACAACAGUGGCAGAGGCAAGAACUAUAUUGGAGAAGUCACAUAAGGAGAAGUAUAUAGUACAACAGGAUGUUACCAAGCUGGCUAUUCAAUCAGCUGAGCAGAAUGGAAUAGUGUUCUUGGAUGAGAUUGAUAAGAUUUGUACACCCAAGGAGGGUAUCCAUGGAAGAACUGGUGAUGCCAGCACUGAUGGAGUCCAGAGAGACCUGUUGCCAAUCAUCGAAGGUUGCAAUGUACACACCAAGUAUGGCAUAGUCGAUACUUCCAGGAUACUCUUUAUCGCCUCUGGUGCAUUCCAUGCCAACAAGCCAUCGGACCUCAUUAGUGAGCUACAGGGACGUCUACCAAUUAGGGUAGAGCUGAAACCCCUUGAACAGAGUGACUUCUACAGGAUCUUGACAGAGCCAACGAACAAUCAGAUCAAGCAACAAGAGGCGCUGCUCAAGACUGAGGGCAUUCAGCUACAGUUUAGUGACGAUGCACUGAAGGAGAUCUCACGCAUAGCCUACGAUGCCAACGCACAGGUGCAGAACAUUGGUGCCAGACGACUGCACGGCAUCAUCGAGAAGGUGGUCGAGGACCUCAGCUACAACUGUGAUCUACAUGUUGGCGGCACUGUGGUGGUCGGUGUAGAAGAUGUGCGCAAGCAUCUAAGUGACCUGCUAUUCAAGACUGAUCUAUCCAAGUACAUCAUCUAA